GUUUGAGAUCAUAUUAGCGUUGAGUUGUCACAAAUUUAUACAUUUAAGCUUUUGUAAUUUCAAAUGUUAUUAGCAUGUAUCUUAAAUUUUUUAUCUGGGUGAUUUUUCUGAAACCCCUUGUAGCUAUAGUGCCCAAUGGAGUGACUAUUAAAGAACCAAAAUGCUGGUAUGUGGCAAAUCCCGGACCCUGUGAAAACUGGGUCAAAGUCUGGGGUUACGAUUACAUGACCAAUCGCUGCAUUUUCUUUUAUUAUGGUGGAUGUGGUGGAAAUCCGAAUCGGUUCUAUACAAAAGAAGAGUGCCUGAAGACUUGUCGGGUGUAUAGACCGCCAAAUCGGAUAAAAAGGGAAGGCCAAAUAGACGAGGAGGAAGAGGAGGAGUUUGAGGAGGACAUUGACAACUGGGACCAAUGGGAUAAAUCGGAAUUUUGAUCAAAAAAGGGUAUUCAAAUAUCGCCAUUCCGGAGAGCCGAUUAAGUCAAGCUAACUUUUGAUUCGUUGUGCAAACGCAUAAUUUCAGUUUGAAAGAAAGAACUUCCCGUCGA